CAUGCCGGAGCCCGUCCAUGCCUACUCCUGCCCGCUCUUCUGGACAGAGUAUGAAGGCCAUUGCUACCGGUACUUUCCCAUCAAUAAAACCUGGGCUGAAGCCGACCUCUAUUGCGCCGAGUUCUCCAUUGGCAUCAGAUCAGCCAAGCUGGCCUCCAUCCACAGCUGGGAAGAAAACGUCUUCGUGUACGACCUGGUGAACAGCCGUGUGCCGGGCAUCCCCACCGACAUCUGGACGGGGCUCAACGACCUGCGGCAGGAGGGUCACUUCGAGUGGACGGACGGCUCCUCCUACGACUACCACUACUGGGACGGCAGUCAGCCCGACGACGGGAUCCACUCCAUCCCGGAGGAGGAGGACUGCGUGCAGAUCUGGUACAGGCACAGCAGCGCACUGCGCUCCUGGAACGACAACGCCUGUGGCAGAGCCUUCCCCUUCGUCUGCAAGAUCCCCUCGCUGGCCCUGGACUGAAGCUGC